AUGGAUACAUUGGAGCGCAAGUACGGCAACGUUUCUAUGGCUCCAUUACACAGGGUAAUACUGGAAGCAAGAGCCCCGCCUGUUGACGAGAGUCCUGGAGAGUACUCUGCCGACAUUGAACGGUUGUGUAACUUGGUUUACAUUGGUAGCUCUGGUGAUAUUAUGGUGAAGAGUAAAGUCGAUACUUUAAUAGACGGUAUACGUGAUCCGGAAACUAAGCGUCAGGUCGUAAUCUUCUCAAAGGAGACAUACUCUGAAACGGUUAGCGGCGCUUUGACGUACGAAGCUGCCGAUGAUGAGAACGUGACAAUUAAUGGAAAUGUCUUGUUUCAUAAGGAUAUCGCAGAUGACGUAUUGGCUACGGAUAGUAAAUUUGAUGCUGAUGUCAGGGAUGUCUUGUUUGUUUCGGAUAGAACAAAUAAUGAGGAUUAUACAACAGAUAUUGAUAUAUCUGAUGGUGCGGUUUUUGUUGAUCAGUACAUUCCUGAUUGGCAUACUCAAUGCAUUGACAAGCUUGGCCCAUGUGACUCACCAGAACAUUGGGCAUCAAACAGCAGUAAAAACAACAACAGCACAAAAAUCAAUCAUAACAAUUCCACAACAAUUACAACUACAACAGCAAACUCGCAAGCUACAGAAUUGUUAUUAUCAAGGACACCAUCACCCUUGUCGCCAUUAUCAACAUCCUCAACCUUGUCAAAAUCUUCUGCCAUCAAAUCAACCACAUCAGCACCCACGGUUUGUGAUUUACCGGUCCCAUCACCGGCAGUUGCCACGGCUGCUGUUACAAUAUCAAACGCAGGUACAGUGGUAACAGCCUCAUUAGUUGGUUUAACGCCUGUAGCUAUAAAUAAUAAUAAUAAUAAUAACAACAAUAAUAAUAACAAUAACGUAGCAAGUCUGCAACAAAAAGCUGCCUCAGCUGCAAAUUUUGCAGCCGCACUGCAACGCUCUGUCAUUAUGAAUGCGGUGGCAUCGCCGAUCUCAGCCAAUUCAGCGACAUCGAAUCGUAAAUUAAGGAGGAAAACAGAUUCAAAAGCCAAUUUGCCCCAAUCACAAAUUAAUAAGUGUAACAAUGAAAAACGUCGACGUGAAUUGGAAAAUAAUUAUAUUGAGCAACUCUCAGAGUUUUUACAGCUCAAUAAGCGUGGGGAUAUGACCUCAACAAAACCAGAUAAGGCGGCAAUAUUAAAUCAAGUGGUUAAAACGUAUCGUGAUAUUUGUGACAAAGGUCAAAGUCGUGAUAUAUCCUCUUCAACAUCUUCAUCUUCGUCGUCUUCUUCGUCGUCGUCGUCCUCUUCCUCCUCCUCAUCGUCGUCGUCAACAUCAUCAACAAAUACAACAGCGGCGACAAGAAACAACAACAAUACAACAAAUCAACCAACAACAACUUCAACACGUUGCAACCGUUGUGCCACCGACAACUGCUCUAUACAUCCAGUACAGCAGGGUGAGGUAUCUUCAACAGAACCGCCACUGCCCGAACCAUCAUUGCUCAACGGUCAAGUACCCGAGAUAUCAGCAUACUUUGAGGCACUGGAACAUUAUAUAUCAUCAGUUGGUUGGGUCCUGCUUCAAAUUAAUGGUGACGGCAUUAUUGAGUCGUGUACGCAAAAUAUACGUGAACUUAUUGGCUAUGAGAAGCAGGAAUUAUACCGAAAACCGCUAUACAUGUACCUGUUUCCGGGUGAUCAGGCCAAAUUACAUCCAAUCAUAAAUAAUAUGUCGUACAGCGGUAAUAAUGCUGGCGGCGGUACUGGCGGCGGCACUGGCGGCGGCACUGGCGGCACUGGUAGUGGCGGCAUACAAAGUAACAAUCCAUGGGGUGAGCAAGAUGAUGGCAGUAACAGCAAUGCCCUACAGCAGCCAACAAGCGCUGGCAAUACAGCGCUUGUUGGCGUUGCCAGUGGUAAUGCGACCAAAGUGAAACGUAGUAUUUCAACGAAGGUUCGUAUGCUUGUAAAAGACACGCGUGCUACUACACAAACAUCACCAGCAACAGGAACAUCUUCACCAGGUCACUCAAAUGAUGCUAUGGACCAAAAAGCUUUACGACCACUUGGUCAUCAAGAAAAAUAUGAAGAAGUCGUGCUCAUUGCGGCACCGGUAAAAGAUGAUGGGGAUUCUGCUUCCUCAGUGUUGUGUCUUAUAACACGGCCAGAAGAUGAGUCACCACUCGAAAUGAACAUACAACAGCAUGUGCAACAACAGCCUAUUGAGCAAAUGACAUUUAAGCUGGACAUGCAUGGCAAGAUACUCACUUUAGAUGCAACAACAAUACGCGAACCAUUUAAACAGCAUAUGUCCACAAUGAUUGGACGUUUGCUACAGGACUUUUGUCAUAUGCAAGACUUGCAGGCGUUGAAGACGCAUUUACGUGAUAUACAGGAAACGGCAACGGCUGUGAAUGCUGUUACUGCAGCACAAUCGCCUGGUGGCGGUGGUACUAUAAACCCGCAAAUGCCAAGUGUUAUUUCUCGUCCAUUUCGUUUGAAAUUGGGCACACCUGAUAUAUACAUGCAUGUGAAGGCUAAUUCGAGACUUUUCCUGAAUCAAACGCCGGGUGAAAGUGAUUUUAUAAUGUCGGUACAGACGAUACUCAACACAGAGAACGAUAUGAACAGCAACAAUACAGUAGUGACUGGUAUCAAUGCAGUUGGUACAAAUACCGCAGGUAGUAAUUCAAGUGGUAGCAAUCUUAGUAAUACAAGCGUAAUAUCAGCAUUAUCACCAGGUUCAUCACUUGUUUCAUCUUUGGUCUCAACGCUCUCAAUGGACUCAAUUGUCAACAACAACUCAUCAUCAUCUCCUUUGGUGGGUAAUGCACAAAGUGUAAGUGGUUUUGUAGGUGGUGGUAAUGGCAAUGGUAAUAGUGGCACACCACUAACAACAACACAAACUACAACAGUUGGUGGACCAUUAAUGACAUCGGCGGUCAUCAAUGGCAACAGCAGUCAACAGCGAAAUUCAACAACAACAACAGCUUCUAAUAAUUCCGCCAUUGUAAAUUCAUUUACAGCAUCACCAGCUGGGACUGAGGCACCCUCAUUCUAUAGUAAUGAUCCUUUUGAUUUUGAUUCAUUAGCACAUUCCUCUUUCGAAAUGGAUCCCGCUGUGACGGGCUGGAAUGAUUCACGUCCGAAUUCACGCGCUUCUGUCGCUACACCGGUAAGCACACCACGCCCACCAUCCGCCGGACAUGGUUUUAGUCCGGCCGUAUGUGCUUCACCGUCGACUCCAUAUCAAUUAUCUUCACACUCUGCAGCUAGCCUACCAUCACCACAAUCUAAUGCCAGUCAACCAGCUGGUGGUCCUGCCUACGGCUUUAGUUUUCCUUCAUUUGAUAUCAAUGAGAAAACUGAUAAAGAUAAUUUGAAUAAUAAUAAUAACAGCAACAACAACAACAAUAACCCACAACAAAUAGGAACAAUGGCUGGAAGUAUGUCAAAUGGUGGAGCUGUACUUUUAGGUAAUACAAUAGCUGGCAGUGUAUCACAACACCAGCAACAUAAUACACCACCACAUCCACAACCAGAUUCAGAGCGUUUGCGUCAUUUGCUUACAAAUAAAUCACAUUCACUCACAUCUUCCCUGCUCGGAACAGACAGUAGUGAUGACAAGGACAAUAAUCUGUCAAAGUUCUACAAACAGGGUCUGGUUAAUGCAGAUGAAGAUAAAGAUGGAAACGGACCAGGUGGUAGUAGCUCGAGUUGCUCGAGUAUAUUUAAAAUGUCUGCUGGUGGACCAAAUUCACGUUUUGGUAGUGGCUUGCAAAAAUCAUCGAAUUCUAGUAAUCCUAUGCUGCUUUCGUUAUUAAAUGAAAGACCUGAUGAUGAUGAAAGUAAGGGUGGUGCAACAACAGGUCGUCAAAGUGAACUAUUACGACAAUUGCAAAAGGAUGAUGGCCAUCACGGGCAUAGUCAUAGUCACGGACAUGGGUCCCACUCCUCAAAUUUGUCAACUGAGGAACUUAAACGUAUACUCAAAAUACAAGGUGAUCCUUCAAUGACUCGCAAGCGUUCAUUAAAUGAACCAGAUGAUGGUAUUUCGCCAAAACGUUCUGAAGAUCGCCCCUCAAAAUUACGUGCAAAGAACAAAAUGCUCGCCUCACUAUUAGAGAAUCCGCCAAAGAUUCCAGUGCUGCAAACACCGCCCCAAGUUAAAACUAUACCUGAUAUAACUUCAUCAACGGUGAAUCGUGUUAGUUCCACACUUGGUUCUCUUGGUGCAGGACCUACGACAAGUAGUCUCGGCAUGUCAACAAAGAGUGCAACACUAACAACGACACAAGCCAAUACCGCUAAUAUAGUCGGAACAGGACGCGGUGGCGGUCGUAAACAACAACAACAGCAGCAACAGCCUUCCGAUGCCUACCUCACACAGCACCAGCAACAGCAAAAUUUAGUAGCUGCUGGUGUUGCAAAUCUACAACGACCUCAACAACAGACGCAAAUGAGCUAUGCGUCAGUGGAGCAUUCAUUCGUAUCGUCACCACUAAAUACAACAGCUACCUCAGCCACAGCAGCUGCAACAUCAACAGUUACAUCGCAAGCUGCUGCGCAACAAUUACAAUCACUCAGCGCAGCGGAUGGUGAUCCUGAAUUAUCACAAUUAUUGGAUAGUGUUAUGGAUUAUGUAGCAGAUGAUCAGCCUUUUGUUGCAACAACACCAACAGCAAUAACGGGUCUAACGCAACAAGAAAUGAACGAACGUGUCGCUAUUAGCGCUAUACAAAAAUCACUUAUGGUGGAGACAUCGGUGUACGGAACUGGGCAACAAGCACAGUUACAGCAACAACAACCACAGCCACCUGCUUAUCCUGGUAAUAUGUUAGGUAAUUUAGUGCAACAGCAGCAGCAACAACAACAACAUCAACAGCAAAUGUUGCAAUUAAUAAGGAACAGUCAAGCUGGCGGAGCUCAACAGCAAGCAUCAAUGCAACAGUUGGUGGAAGUUAUGCGCGCCAAUGUGAAUCAGGGAUUUCAGCGACCCCCGCCCAUGUAUACAGCGCGUGGACGAGUGCCGAUGAAUGCAGUUGCUACUCCUGGCGGUAAUGUUAUAUCACCAGCACAACAAUAUCGCGCUAUGAAACAACAACAAGCACAAAAAGAACGUCUGUUGCAGCAACAACAAAAACAGCAAUUAUUAGUGCCUGAAAGUGCAACGGCACGCAACGAUCAAUUAUGUUUAAAUCCAGGUAUUAAUAAUAUUGGCACUUUGUUGAAUACCACAGUAGCUCCAAACGUUUCGUUAUCACGCACAAAUAUGCCAUCAGAUUCUCAAUUGAGUCCCAAUUUUGCUCAAAGCAUGAUGCAACAGCAAUUAAGUCCAGGACAGCGUAAUGCACUAUUUAGCCCACAACCAAAUCAAGGUUAUGUACCACAAUAUCCGCAGAAUGCACAACGUUUGUCACCGCAACAACAACAACAACUGAACCAACAAGCUAAUGCCCAACAGCAGCAGCAACUUUCUUUCCAGAAUGCACAGGGUCAGGGUGGUGUUAGUGUUGCAGCACAGCUGUCACCACGUCAACCAACCUACGGUGCUGGUAACGCUGGUGGUAAUGCCGGCGUUGUACAAUCACCAGGCAUGUCGAAUGCCUCACCACAGCAGUGGGUAGCUGCAGCAGCAGCAGUUGCAGCCAAUAAUGCCAACAAUGCAGCACAACGUGGCGGUCACUCAUUGCAGCAACAUAACCCCAUGUUGAGUGCGCAAUUACAGGUAAAUGGUGUAAGUCCGUAUAAUGCGCGCCAAUAUCAAAGUCAACGACGUGGUCUUAACUCACCAAGUGGUGCAGUGCCUGGUAGUAUGACAACAGUUACUUUACAGCGUCAAAACUCGUUUCAAACAAAUGAUAGCGGUUUCAGUGGUCCAUCAACAUCGCCAUCGCCACAAUCUCCAUACGGUGCUGGCACCACUGUAUUUCAACAACAACAAAUGCAACGCAUGCAACGCCAAAGCAGUGUGCCACAAGCAACACAACAUUUGCCUGGCUCACCACGCCCUUUUGGCGGUACAAACUCUUCCAAUCUUGAUAAUGGAGGCGUCGUCGGUGUCAAUAAUACCCUUAGUGGUAAUAUUAGCAUCAAUGGUGGCAACGGUGGCGUUAUACCAAUCAGUGGCAAUGGUUAUGGAGGUGCUGCCGGCAUGAUGUACAAUAAUAUGCCGUCACAGGGUGGCCCACAUACACCAAAUGAUUUCUAUGGUCGCACACAGACCGGUAAGCCGAAGAACUGUUCAUAUAAAAAGCACAAAAAUCCCCAAAUAGAUCAGAUAAGGAUCACAGGUGUAACAAAUAUGGAGCCCACAUAUAAUGAAGUCGAGGUAGAUGAAGGUGCUAGCAGCCAGGUUACUGACUCCGAGAGUCCGACCGAGAUCGAAACCAGAUCGAAAGACAGAGAAACUGCAAGCAAAGGUAACAAAGAAUUACCUGGCUCGUCAAUGAAUGAAAAGUUGGUUAGGCAAUUUGCAGGUAUGAUGAGACAACAACAAGAUUUCUUUACAGAUUGUAUUCAGUCUCUGAGAGUAGAAGUUGGGGCUCUGAAUAAUAGAAUGAAAGAAGUGGAGGAGAAACCUUUAAGUACAAGUCCCCAACAUGCUACAAAUGUGAAUGUGGAUCUUGAGAAGCCAUUUAGAAGGAACGUGGAUUUAGAAAGAUGGCACAUCAAAUUUAAUGGCUCCAACCGAGAUAUGACGGUGGAAAGCUUUUUAUUUCGCGUCGAGAGAAUGCGUGAGCAGUAUAGUGUGUCAUAUCAUCAGCUGUUUACCGAAUUCCAUUGUCUGCUGUCAGAUGAUGCUCUGAAAUAG